AUGAACGCCCGAAGUUACUUAGAAGAUUUGGUUCAUGUUCACUCAUCGUUAUUGAAGUGUCAGAGGAUCGUGGCCUACGUCUGCAGAUUCCGUAAGGCUUGCGGCAAAAGAGUUCCGGUGGAACGGGGCCCAAUUUCUUCAUCUGAGUUGGAUAACGCAUUGAAGCACUUAAUCCGUCUCGAACAGUCUUCUGCCUCUGAUGGACUGGCGGAUGCCAUUCGUAAAGGAACUGUUGGAUCAUCCUCCAAGUGGAAACAUGUCUCCAUUUUGUUUCCGUUCAUCGAUGACAGCGGACUUGUCCGAGUAGGCGGCCGCUUACAGAAUUCUAAAGAGUGUUUCGACGCUAAGCAUCCUAUUCUGUUGCCCCGAGGAAGAUUGGCAGAACUCAUAGCCAUUCACGAACACCGAAAACUGCUGCAUGCUGGCCCACUCACUCUUCUUGCCAAUCUUCGGCAGAAAUUUUGGCCUAUCGCUGGACGUUCUCUAGUGAAACGAGUGUACAGAAGCUGUGUUACCUGUACACGAGCUCGUCCGCGACCUGAAUCUCAACUCAUGGGAAAUUUUCCGGCAUCUAGGGUGACAUUCCAAAGGCCAUUCUGCUUCACUGGCAUCGACUAUGCGGGACCAAUUCCAAUCCGCACUUCUCAAAAUCGAAAUGCUGCGAAGAGAAAUGCUUAUCUGGCCAUCUUCAUUUGCAUGACCACUCGCGCCAUACAUAUUGAAGUAGUCAGUGCUCUCUCUACAGAAGCCUUUAUGGCUGCUCUCAAGCGCUUCGCAGCCCGUCGAGGAACCCCGAAGGUCAUUCAUUCUGAUUGUGGACGUAACUUCGUGGGUACCAGCCGCGAACUCAAGGAUCUCAUGGGUUCACCAGCGUUCCAAGAGGAAUUGGCUUCUCACAAUCAACACCAUCAAAUCGAAUGGAAGUUCAACCCUCCUUUGGCUCCCCACCAAGGCGGAUUGUGGGAAGCUGGAGUGCGCUCCAUCAAGUACCAUCUUAAGCGCACUGUCGGAACAACUGCUCUCACCUUUGAGGAGCUCAUCACUGUCCUUACUCAAGUGGAGGCGGUGUUGAACAGUCGCCCCAUCGGCCUGGCCUCGGACAACCCGAAUGAACAGGAAAUCCUCACGCCUGGACAUUUCCUUGUGGGAUCCAACAUCACUUCACCUCCUGAUCCUGAUCUCACCGAGCUCAAUGACAAUCAGCUCACUCGUUGGCGUUUGUGUCAGCAACGCUUCCAGCACUUCGCCAAUCGCUGGAGACGCGAUUACCUCAACACUCUACAGCAACGGUCGAAGUGGAAGGUGCCGCAGAAAAACCUACAAAUAGGCCAAGUAGUGCUGACCCUGGACUCCACGUCUUUCGGAGAGAAAUGGAUUUUAGGAAUUGUGGAAGAUCUCCACCCGGGCAUUGAUGGACGAGUAAGGGUCGUGACUAUCAGAACUCCCAAGGGACUUUAUCGACGAUCAGUGAAUAAGUUAGCCCGUUUAUUCACUGAGGAUGCUUCUGAACCAUCUGGUUCCAAUGGUUCAGCCAGGGGAGCUUAUGUUCAAAAUUCAAAUGAAAACAUUUGA